AAUCAGAAACGGUUCCAUCAUGCCUCAAAACGAGUAUAUCGAACGCUUCCAAAAAACCCACGGUCGCCGCCUCGACCAUGAAGAACGAACCCGCAAACGCGAAGCCCGCGAGGGCCACCUCGCAUCGCAAAAGGCGCAGUCCCUCCGCGGUCUCCGGGCCAAGAUGUACGCGCAAAAACGACACGCAGAGAAGAUCCAAAUGAAGAAACGGAUCCGGGCACAGGAAGAGAAGAAUGUGAAAUCCGCUGCACCCUCAGAACCGUCGUCCGCUACACCUUUGCCGAAUUAUUUGCUUGAUCGAUCGCAGGCGACGAAUGCUAAAGCUUUGUCGUCUGCUAUUAAGGAUAAGAGAUCUGAAAAGGCGGCUAAAUUUUCGGUACCUCUACCCAAAGUUAAAGGUAUAAGUGAGGAGGAGAUGUUUAAGGUGGUGAAUACGGGCAAGAAGACGCACAAGAAGUCGUGGAAGAGGAUGAUUACGAAACCGACGUUUGUGGGGCAGGAUUUUACGAGACGGAAUCCCAAGUUUGAGCGGUUUAUUCGUCCUAUGGGUCUUCGAUACAAAAAGGCCAACGUCACCCACCCCGAACUAGGCGUCACAGUCCAACUUCCAAUCCUCUCCGUAAAAAAGAACCCUCAAAACCCCUUAUACACUCAACUCGGUGUCUUGACCAAGGGUACAGUUAUCGAGGUCAAUGUUUCCGAACUCGGAUUGGUAACAACAUCUGGAAAAGUGGUAUGGGGUAAAUAUGCUCAAGUUAGCAAUAAUCCUGAUUUGGAUGGGACUGUUAACGGUAAAACCCCCUUCUUAUAUAGUUUGAUACAUGAUACUGAUCGUGAAUAG